AUGGUUUCAAUCUUGGUGUUGGCGCUUGGCUUACCCGCCCUUGGGCUUGGCGCAACUAUUGUGUCCCGUCAGCAUCCAAACUCCCAAUACGACGGUCCUCUAUUCACGAGAAGUGAUGUUGCCAUCGAAGAAGCACCGGCUUCAGCUAUUGUCCAAUUGCUCCAUAAUCCUAAACCAGAUCAUUUCACCAGUCCAGUGCAUGCACGUAUCGCCGCAUCGCAAUUUGACAAACGUGCUGGCACAGGCAAAGAAACGGUGAACACUAUAUUCAGUGGCAUCUAUCCGGUCGUCAAUCUGACUUGGGGCAACGUUGACAGCAGCAAACCCGGACAGCAGUUCAUCAGCUUCAUCGACACGGGCAGCGCGGAUACAUGGGUAGUCUCGAGCGAUCUUCGCUGUGUCGACAUUGAUACCAAGGUCCCUCUCAGCCAAGAUGCCUGUGGUUUUGGGCCUCUAUACGAUCGCUCCAAGGGGUCGUUUACGAACAUCUCAAGCCAAUCUUUCAGUAUAAGCUAUUUUCCUGAGAUGGAGACACUGAGAGGUGACAUGGGGUAUGCGCCAAUCACGCUGGCUGGCCUGACAGUUCCUAAGCAAGAGGUAUCGCUCGUAAACUAUGCCGCUUGGGCAGGGGAUGGUGCUACAUCCGGACUGCUGGGUCUUGGGUAUCCCGCAAUCACGUCGGCGCAGAACCGCGCUACUGGCCGAGCUGUCCAGUAUGACCCGCUAUUCACCACCAUGGUCAAGGAGAAUGUUGCCUCCAGCGCUAUCUUCACGCUUGUGAUCGAUCGUGUUGCGCAAGGAACCUCCCCCUUGGCGCCUGCCGGAUUGAUGGCUGUCGGAGGUCUGGUACCGGCCACAUACUACGAUGCACCAUUUACCAGCGUGCCUAUUCUUCCCCGAACUGGCGAGAAGACGUGGUACACUGUUUCAAACAAGUUCAAGUACGGAGCGAACGGGUCUUUCACGGAACUUGCUACCACUGCUUCGUUUGAAAGCAUUGUUGACAGCGGAACUUCGCCAAAUUUCAUCCCAACAACUGCGGCAAAGGCGUUGAAUGCCUUGUUUGACCCACCAGCCGUGUAUAACAAGACCCUGGACUACUACACUGUUGACUGCAGUGCCAAAGCACCCUACGCUGCAUACGUCAUUGGGGGUGUGGAAAUGCCCAUGGAUCCCCGGGACAUGAUUGUGCGGAGCUUGAACGGACUUCCUGGUUACGAGAAUGUAUGUUUUAGUGCAUUUGCCGACGGAGGGGCCGACAACUUCAUCAUAGGCGCGGUUUGGCAGAGGAACUAUGUGGUGGCCUAUGAUCAAGGGCAGAGCAUGAUGCACUUCGCAAAGCGAAAGCCUUAUUGA